UUAUCACUUAUUGUUGGCGGAUCAGGUCGUUGAGUCUCAGACUACCAUUCAAUAGGCCGAUGCUUCCAACACCAUCUUCAAAUCAACUUAAAUUGUUAUAAGAAAUAUUUUCUAAAACCUUUACAGAAAUUUCUGGCGCGGAGAAUCGGUAAUUCACAGGGUACUAAGGAUGUAACUGUCAUCUAAUUCUUGUUAUGUAAUGUACUAUAUAAUGUAAUUAAUGGGUACAAACAAGGUGAUUCACGCUUCAAUAAUUUGGUAUUAAACUACGCUAUUCUCUAUAUAUUAUGCUAUGUAUUGUGCAUUGUACGCAAGGUCAUGACAAAACGGUGUUGUCUCUCACAAUUUAAGUUAUUGCGCUAUCCAGUCGAAUAUGAGUUGUAUAAUCGUUAAGUUGUGUAGGUAAAAAGCGCUACAGUGUUUACCGUUUGGUGUUACUAUAGCAGCAAAAGUUGAUCCGCGUAUCCACCCGUAACUACAUAUUGGAUCACUGAAUAGAAUGAAAUUAUCAGUUUAAUAAAAUAAAUUUAAAGUGCAUUCACUGCAAUAAUUGUUACUAGCAUUUGUGUUCAUAUACAGGUGUUGGUGUCUCCAACAUGUAUAAAAAAUAAGUACUGUUGCAACAAAAGACUGCUAAUUUUUAACUUCGACAUACAUAUGUAUGUAUACGGCGUAUUAUUAAAUACACAGUUAUAAACACGAUAUCUCUAAAAUCAUCAUUCGAAAUGGCGCAGAUUGCAACAAGUAUGGCCAAUGCCUUUAGUAAUGAAUCGGAGAUGAAAGCCAUGGAUGCUAACCGGUAUGCGACUAAGAAAACAAUCGCUCAAGGUAUGCUGGAUAUCGCCCUUCUCACCGCCAAUGCCUCCCAAUUGAAAUAUAUACUUCAAGUUGGGGACCAACAUCAGUUUUAUAAACUAAUGCUGAUAAUGAUAAGCCUUUCGAUAAUAUUACAGCUCUUGGUUGGAAUACUUUUUGUUGUUAUUGGUAGUCUAAAUAUCAAUCGCCAAAAGGAUCAAGCGGCCGCUGUGAUCAUAAAUGAUAUUAUUCUCGUUAUUAUAUUUGUCAUUUCUGUAAUAAAUGUUAUAAUAUCAGGAUUUGGCAUCGAAUACUCUUCCCGACCUCUUACACUCUUAGAACAGCAGGCUAAUAAUUUACCAUAAAAUCCAUCAGCAUAUUCAAUAGAGACCUGCCCGUGUAAUUGCUGGGAGUUUACUGGUUGUUUUGUCAGUUAUCGGGAUACACAAAACUAAAUAUCAACGCUCGCUUGCAGAGACACUAAAUCACAUUGUGAAUGGAGUAAUUUUCGCAUCAGUUUUUUGCGAUAUCAUAAAAAUGAGUUUUGGUCUUGAUCUCGCGAUUCCCAUGGUCGGAAAAGUUGACAAAUUAAAACAAUAGUUCAUUGUGCAUUGAUAAAUUUAAUUGGUAGUUCAUUUAUGUAUUAUUAGUUCUAUUCAAAUAUAUAAAGUUGUACUUCUAAUACGAAAA